UUGUCCUCGGUCUGCGUUUCCCCUGCGGUACCCAGACUCCACCAGCAGAUGGCGCCACUCUGUAUUUAUCGCACCUGCAGCGCCGCAGAUCGACACACAGCCUCUGUCACACAGCGGGAGGACAGCUGUCUCCGGUGAACCGCCUUCAGCUGCUGUCAGCGCAUCGAUUCGGGAGUUUGAGUCCGUGUUUGGUCGCCGUUGUGUCGGUUUGUGUAUCGAGGAAACCCCCGGAGCUCCGGGACUGGCAGCGGAGCCGCGGCGGCGGGUGAACGGGGGUCUUCUCUGGGGUAAGACCUGCGGGCUGGUGCGCAAGCUCAACAUGACGUCUGCGGCGCUCACGCUGCUUCUCCUCUUCCUCCACGUCUUCGGCCUCCGGUCGGAGCCUGAUGCAGUGCGGCCGCACUUCACCGACUGCGUCUCGCGCAACAUGGAGACUUUCGUCUGCAGAUGGAGCGCCGGCUCCUUCCAGAACCUAUCAGAACCAAAAGAUUUACGCCUGUUCUACUUCAACAGAGUGCUUCCCGGCGCCUCAGAGAAAAACUGGAACGAAUGUCCCCACUACAGCGCGGAGAGACCAGACGAGUGCUUCUUCAACGAGAACCACACCACGGUCUGGACGUCCUACACGGUGCAGCUGCGCUCCAGGGACCGGGCCGUCCUGUACGACGAGAUCUCCUUCUCCCUGGAAGACCUGGUGAAACCGGACCCUCCGUUCGGCCUCAACUGGACCCUGAUGAACGUCAGCCUGACCGGAUCGCACUUUGACGCCAUGCUGAGCUGGAGGCCUCCGGCGACGGCCGACGUGGAGACGGGAUGGAUAGCGCUGCAGUACGACGCCCAGUACCGCCAGGCCGGCGCCGAGCGCUGGGAACAGGCCGGCCUGGUGAAAACAACGCACCGCUCCCUGUUCGGCCUUCAAACCAACGUCAAUUAUGAGGUCAGAGUUCGCUGCAAAAUGCUGGCAGGGAAGGACUAUGGAGACUUCAGCGACUCUGUGUUCAUCCACAUCCCAUCUAGAGUUUCCAGAUUCCCAGUUAUGGCUUUGCUCAUCUUUGGAACGUUGUUUUUAGUGGCCGUCCUGCUGCUGGUCAUCAUUUCACAGCAGGAAAAGUUGAUGUUUAUCCUCCUGCCUCCUGUUCCUGGACCGAAAAUACGAGGAAUCGACCCGAAUCUACUGAAGAAAGGGAAACUCCGAGAGCUCACAUCCAUCCUCACCGGCCCGCCCGACCUCCGGCCGGAGCUCUACAACGACCCCUGGGUGGAGUUCAUCGAACUGGACAUCGAGGAGUCCAACGACAAGCUGCUGGACGUGGACACGGGCUGCCUCAUGGACUGCUCCCCGUCGUCUCCACACUCCACCGUCUUCAGGGACGACGACUCGGGCCGCUCCAGCUGCUGCGAGCCGGAUCUGCUGAGCGAGGCCUGCGCGUUGCCCGUCCAUCAGGAGGCGACCGCCGUGGAGCAAAGCUCGGCGUUUGUACCUGUGGAGGGCAGGGAGGCGGCGGCGUACACGCAGGUUGGCGAGGUCGGGUUGUCUGGGAGCGUUCUGCUGGAGAAAACCACCAUUAAAGAGACAAACAUGGAGGAGGAGAAGGGUAAGAAACAAGAUGGCGUCUUGGUGAACGCAGAUCAGAGAGACAGCAGCUCUGAGACGAAGCGGUUAGCAGAGCUUCCUGAGUGCGUAGCCCAGCUGCCCGCUGCUCCUGUCUACACCGUGGUGGAAGGCGUGGACAUCCAGAACAGCCUCCUACUGACACCGACGCCGGCCCCCAACCUGACCGGCCCCAAAAUACCAGCUACGCCCGACGGCUACCUGACCCCCGACCUGCUGGGAAGCGUCACACCGUAAAUCAGCCGGGGAUCAAAUCACCCAGAACUUGUUAAUCUAAAGGGAGGUCAGUUCCUGGAGGUGACCCUGGCUCGGUUUCAGCUAGCUUAAAAUAGCAGCAGGAGCCGGAGGCGUUCAGAGAAACCUGGACCCAGUGACACUGUUCCACCUUAAACCAGCACAGCUAACAAAAAGAUGCUACAGGGAAGAUCUGGAUCUGCAGAUGGGAAAUCAAAGGAAACAAAUACCAGUGGUGGGCAUUGCCACUGGUGUUUGUAGCAAGCUACCUUGUUAGCGAGCUAACAAGGUAGUUAGAAAGGUAUGAUUAGCUCUAAACGCUAAUCAUAAACAUUAGUUCUGCUAAUGCUAAAGCGCUAUCCCAUUUAGCAGAAGCUAACAGUAAAUUUUGUUUUUUAGAGUAACAGUAAACUGCUGCACCAGUUAGCUUUUUUAGCAGAAGCUAAUGAUAGAGGGCUAAGACGUUAAUUUCAAUUCCAAUUUGAAGUUUUUACCCCUUUCAAAAUAAGAGCAUUAAUAUAAACGUCUAACUAGUUCAAGAGGUCAAGCAGUUAGACGUUUGGGUUUUAAAACAGCCAAAUUAGCUCUUUAAACUUUAUUGGGGAAAAUGUAUUUAGUGGAAGCUUAGUGCGCUAAAUGUUUUCAAAUUUAGCAAAAAUGCUAAACUGCUAACUGAUAAAAUUAGCUAUGCUAUUAGCGGGUUAGCAGUUUAGCGUUAGUGUGCCCACCACAGACAGAUGGCAACAUUUUAGCCUCAUAAAUAAAUGAAUUAGAACAAAUGAAACGAGGUUUUAACGUUGAGGUUCGUCUGUUCUGGUGGAAGAAAGUUAGCACACCCUCUCAGAAAUAUCCAUCGCUGUGUAGCUUACUUGUUUUAAAAAGCAGGUUUGGAAUCUCAUAAAUAAUCUAGAUCGUGAAGGAAUGGAGUCAAAAAAGGUCAAUAUUGUAACAAGUUCUGAAAAUCCAGGUGCUCUGUAAUUAUAGAGGAAUAACUCGACUCAUGUCUUAAUUUUGUCUUUUUUCAGUAUUAAUCACCCAGAACUUGUUAAUCUAGUUGAUCUAAUUUUCACUAAUUCAAUUGUUUUUUUUUUUAACAGAAUUUGUGAAAAUGAUAAACGAAAGGGUCAUGCAUUUACUUUUUUAUGUAUUUAAUAUUUCUAUCAUGUUUCACUGUCACAUACUUUGGUAAUAUUGAUGCUGUUCCAUAAAUGAAGCCAGAAAAUCUGUUUUCUGGACUACAGCAUCAGCUGGACUGUAAAUUAUCCUUUUACUUUCAUUCAAUUUUUUCUUUUCAUUUAAAACUGUGAAAUAUUUUUUUAAAGUUUUUAAUUUUUUGUGUAUUUUUUGCCUUUAUAUCUGAGUAUUUUGUAUUUCAUAAAUGAUUUCAGAGUUGUAAACCAAAUGUUUACAUCUUUUAUUAAAGCACACUUGUAUUUUCUUCUUCACUGUCUGACAUUAACUGAACUUCCUGUUUUAGGUCAGUUAUGUUUUGAAAAUUCUUUCAGGUAUCAAACUUGAGGCUCGGGGGCCAAAUCCGGCCCGUCAGAAGUUUUAAUGUGGCCCUUUUAUGUUAAAGUGUCCUUAAAUAUUAUUUUAUCAAUCAAAUCAGCAAGUUUAUUUGUAUUCUGCCAAAUUAGGUCAAGGUGAAAAUAUAUUUAAUAUUAUUUAACUUUAAGAAGUUCUCAUUGAGUGAAAAGAUACUUAAUAUUUUAACAAUUUAAUUGCUAGUUUUGUUAGCACAUUCUGUCACAACUGGCCCUUUAAAAAUAUAAGGUUAGUUUCAUUUAAUGUCAGAAAUAGAAGGUCGUAUUUCUUUUAACAAUAAAUGACAAUUCAGCUACAUUUGUUAAAUCUGUUUAGUUUUCUGUAAGAAGUUACCUUCAGCUGAAUGAUGAGCAUUUACUGGAAAACUGGAGGUUUAAUUGUAAUUUUCCUUGCAUGCUGUUUUUUUUCCUGAAGUGAAAGCUUGGACAAUCAUUGGAAAACUUUCCAGACAUUCGUGGAUCCGUCUCUUUGUCAGCAUUUGGAAAGGGAAAUAAGAUUUUCUUCCAAUAAUAUGGGUCAUAAUAAAUGUAAAAACCAUAUGCAAUUUUAUAAAGUUACAUAUUAAACAACUUUUCAACAACUUUA